CUGUCGUGCGCUUGCUGCGCACCCGCCGCGCUCCUCCGUCCAACACCACCACCCUCUCCCUCCUUAUCCGACACGCUGCCCAGCAUGUCGCUCUCCGACCUCACGCCCGGCGCCAUCUCGGCGAUGCUCGAGACGCAGGACCCGGCACAGGCCAUCCAGGAUCCCGUGUGCCAGGUGCUGAGCGUCAAGAAGAUCGCCGCCACCAACGCCACCGCACCCGACCGCUGGCGCAUCAUCCUCAGCGACGGCAAGUACUUUGCGCAGGCCAUGCUGGCCACGCAGCUCAAGCACCUCGUCGAGAACAACGAGCUCGACCGCAACUGCCUCGUGCGCGUCACGCAGUACGCCGCCAACAACGUGCAGACGCGCCGCAUCCUCAUCCUGCUCGCGCUCGACGUCGUGUCGCCGCCGACGGCCGGCCGCCUCGGUGACCCGUCGAGCUGGGACCAGCGCGGCGCCAAUGGCAGCGCUCCUGCGCCCGCUGCGGCGGCGGCUGGCGGCUCGGCGCAGGUGAAGCGCGAGGGCGGCGCAGCGCCGGCGAACGGCACGCACCGCCCCAACGCACCUGCUGCGGCGCGCCCGGCUGCCGGUGGCACCAGCAAGGCGGGCCCGCGCGGCGCCGGCGGCAUGCCCAUCUACCCCAUCGAGGGCCUCUCGCCGUACCAGAACAAGUGGACGAUCAAGGCGCGCGUCACGUCGCGCUCCGAGAUCAAGCACUGGUCGAACCAGCGCGGCGAGGGCAAGCUCUUCUCCGUCAACCUGCUCGACGAGAGCGGCGAGAUCAAGGCGACAGGCUUCCAGGACGCCGUCGACAAGUACUACAACGUGCUGCAGGAGAACAAGGUGUUCUACAUUUCCAAGGCCAAGGUCAACAUUGCCAAGAAGCAGUUCUCGUCGCUGAAGAACGAGUACGAGAUUACGUUUGAGCGCGACACGGAGAUCGAGGAGUGCACCGAUGCCAGCGACGUGCCCGAGGUCAAGUACGAGUUUGUGCCGCUCGACCAGCUCGAGAGCGUCGAGGCGAACCAGGUGUGCGACGUCGUGGCCGUCGUUGAGAGCGUCGGCGACCUCGGCGAGAUCAUCUCCAAGGCGAGCCAGAAGCCCGUGGCGAAGCGCGAGCUCACGCUCGUCGACCAGAGCGGCCGCUCGGUGCGCAUGACGCUCUGGGGCAAGACGGCCGAGACGUGGGGCACGCCGGCGGGCCUCAAUGGCGGUGUGGGUGUCGGCGACGGCCAGAACCCGGUCGUGGUCUGCAAGGGCGUCAAGGUGGGCGACUUUGGCGGGCGCAGCCUGAGCAUGUUCAGCUCGUCGACGAUGCUCAUCGACCCCGACCUGCCCGAGGCGCACGGCAUGCGCGGCUGGUACGACGAGGACGGCAAGAAGGGCGGCUUCAAGCCCUUCACCAACGCCGGCGGCGGCGGUGGCGGCGGCGGCGAUGCCGGUGCGAAUGCCAACGAGCGCCGCACCAUCGGCGCGGUCAAGGACGAGGGCCUGGGCACGAACCCGGAGAAGCAGGACUACUUCAACAUCCGCGCCACCGUCGUGUACAUCAAGCAGGAGAACCUGUUCUACACGGCGUGCCCGUCGGACAACUGCAACAAGAAGGUGACGCUCGAGGGCGACAACUCGUGGCGGUGCGAGAAGUGCGACCGCACCUACCCCGAGCCGCAGCGCCGCUACAUCCUCGCUGCCAACGUGCAGGACUUCUCGGGCCAGAUGUGGCUCUCGGGCUUCAACGACAUCGGCGAGCAGCUCAUCGGCCACACCGCCGACGAGCUCAACGCGAUCAAGGACGAGAACGAGAGCGAGUUCCACUCGAUCCUGCACAAGGCCGCCAACAAGAUGUACGUCUUCAACUGCCGUGCCAAGCAGGACACCUUCAACGACACGACGCGCAUCCGCUACACCAUCACCAAGGCCGGCGGCGUCGACUACUCCAAGUUUGGCCAAGAGCUCAUUGCCUCGAUCAAGAGCCUCAUGUAACGCAUUCCGGCUCUGCCACGCACGACGCCGGCCGCCUCGCUGGCCGGCGUCCCGCAGCGCGCCUCAGCAUGUUCCCCCGAUCCUGUACACUAGCCCCUGUUCCGUGCUCCGCCCCAAUCGAUUCCGCUACUUCACUGUGCUCGCUCGUCUC